AUGAGCCAAGAGAAGAGUGGUAUACUUGGGAGCCGGGAGGAGCUGGUUCCCAAGCAAGGAAGCAAAAGGGAUCUUUGCAUUUGGACUCUAUGUAUCAGCGCUGUCCUGGCCGUUCUAUGGCUCACUGAACCAGGAUUGAAACCCUCUUGUGGUGCCCACAGCAUCGACGAAAGAGUGCAGAGGAUUCUCUCACACACCCCACUAAUUGAUGGCCAUGAUGAUUUCCCUAUCUACGUUCGGGAGAUCUACCAAAACCACAUCAAUGACGAGGAAUUCACCAAGGCAUUCGUUGAGGGAGGCCUCCGUGGCCAUGUGGAUAUUCCGCGAUUGAAACAGGGCAGAGUGGGUGGCAGCUUCUGGAGUGUCUUCGUCCCUUGCCCGAAGGAUGGAUCAGACUUCUCGGAUGAGAACUACGCUGCAAGUGUUCGGGAAACUAUGGAACAAGUGGAUGUCAUGUCCCGCGUGCAGAAAGCCUAUCCAGAUGUCUUUUCCACCCCACCGAAUGGCACCACAGCUAUGUCUGCGUUCCGUGACGGCAAGAUCAUAUCGCCACUCGGCAUCGAGGGACUCCAUUCGAUCGGCAACUCCCUCGCUCAUCUUCGGAUCUUUUACGAACUGGGUGUUUCCUAUGCGACAUUGACACAUAACUGCCAUAAUCGGUAUGCUGAUGCUGCUGUCCUUGAAAUUCCGGGCGGCGUUAAGAAAGCCGAACCACUUUGGCACGGUGUUAGCGAAGAAGGCGAAAUGUUGGUGUAUGAGAUGAACCGUCUCGGUAUGAUUGUGGAUUUGGCUCAUGUCAGCGCCGACACUAUGCGGGAUGUUUUAGGCGCCGGCAAGUCUGAGUGGAAAGGCAGCCGCGCUCCAGUCAUCUACAGCCACAGUUCUGCAUAUGCAAUCUGCCCACACCCGCGUAAUGUACCGGAUGAUAUUCUGGAGUUGGUUCGCGAGAAGAACUCCCUGGUGAUGGUCAACUUCUCACCAGACUUCAUAUCCUGCAUAGCAUCGGACAACGCGGACGAAAUGCCGACUCUGGACCCUACUCAUACCACUCUGUCACGGGUCGCUGAUCACAUCAUGUACAUCGGAAACCUUAUUGGCUUUGAGCAUGUUGGCAUCGGUAGCGAUUUUGAUGGUAUCCCAACUGUCCCGCAGGGACUGGAAGAUGUUUCUAGGUUCCCUGCUUUGAUCGCAGAACUUCUCAAGCGGGGACUCACCGAUUUGCAGGCAAGCAAGGUGGCUGGUGGUAAUCUGCUCAGAGUAUGGAAGGCAGUUGAUGAGGUCGCGCUUGAGAUGCAAGCUGAAGGUGCGUUGCCUGCGGAGGAUUAA